CGGCAUCGCACACAGUCCGUCGCUGUCGUUCUGCUGUGGACGCGGAGGUUCCGUGUAGCGGGAGUUCGGCGCAGCGGAGUCCGCUCGGUGCGCGCUCUCGUCUUCUAACCUUUGACCCUUCACGACCCUCCGAUGCCCCUGAAGCGAUGACCCACCGUCGCCAUGGUCACCCAUCGCCGAGGUGACCACGUCGCCUGCCGGAACGCCUCCAAUCGGCAGCGAGGAUGCACGUGACGGGCAGCACCUCCCCGGCCAAUGAGGGCGAGGCGCUCUCUCUCCGGGUGCAAGGGGGCGUGGCCUUUGCCGAGACGGCGCCUGCCGCCGCUCCUCCGUCCGGAUUUUCUGACUCUGAAGGCGACCGGAGGACACCGUGUCCCCCCCCACCUCCUCCUCCACCUCCUCCUCCGCCCCCACCUCCACCUCCUCCCCUUCCAACCCUGCUGGCAGAGCCUGCAGGAGGCCUGAAGAAGAAGAAGAGGGUGCGGAGUUUCUUUUGGAAAACGAUACCGGAGGAUCAGGUGAAGGGGCGGGCCAACCUGUGGACUCAGCGCCGGGGGCAGCAGCAGCACCACAUCGACGUCCAGACCAUCGAGGAGCUGUUUGGUCAGAAGGAGCGUCAGUCAAAGGCCACGCCCACAAGGGGAGGGACUACCGGGGGCUCCUUCAGGGAGGCCAAAGAAGAGGUCUGCAUACUGGACUCCAGACGAGGGAUGAACAUCGGGAUUUUCCUCAAACAGUUCAAGAGGUCCAAUCAGAAGAUAGUAGACGAUAUUCACCGUGGCAACAGUGAGCCGUAUGGGGCGGAGCCUCUGAGGGAUCUGCUGAAGCUGCUGCCGGAGGCGGAGGAGGUGAAGAAGCUGAAGUCGUACCGCGGCGACAUCUCUAAGCUCUCAUUGGCCGAUUCCUUCGUGCACCUGCUGCUUCAGCUCCCCAGCUACAGCGUCCGUAUCGAGGCCAUGCUGCUGAAGGAGGAGUUCCCCGCGGCGAGUGAGGUCCUCGGUCGGGACAUCGGCGUCCUGCGCUCCGCCACCAAAGAGCUGAUGUGCUGCGAGGAGCUCCACGCCGUCCUCCACCUGGUGCUGCAGGCCGGGAACCUCCUGAACGCCGGAGGCUAUGCAGGAAACGCAGUGGGCUUCAAGCUGUCGUCCCUUCUGUCACUGGCCGACACGAAGGCCAACAAGCCGGGCAUGAACCUGCUGCACUUUGUCGCUCUGGAAGCCCAGAAGAAAGACUCAAAGCUGUUGGAGUUUCCUCUGAAGUUGACCCACGUCCGGCCGGCUUCCAGGGUCUCCUUGGAGACGCUGGACGCCGAGCUGCAGUGGCAGACGUCCCGCACGCGCUCAGUGGAGGAGAACGUGCAGCGAGACGCCGAGCUGCUGCAGCAGCUGGACGCCUUCCUGCAGACGGCCACCUCCUCCCUGAGCUCGCUGCACGCCGCCCGCCAGCAGCUGAGGGAAGAAGGCAGCGAGCUGAUCGACUUCUUCUGUGAAGACCGAGAGACCUUCAGGCUGGACGACUGCUUCAGCGUCUUCAACGGCUUCUGCUGCAGGUUCGCCGCCGCCGCCAAGGAGAACGUGGAGCGGGAAGCCAAGGAGGCGACGCGUCGCCGGCGGCAACAGGAGCUGGAGGAGCAGAAGAGGCACUCGUGGGCCGGCGAGGAGGUGGGCGGAGCCGUCGGGCUGCGAUGCCGCAGCGAGGCGGACGUGUCGGCCGCCGUGUCGGAGCUCCUCUCCCCGAAGCUCGGCCCGCGCUCCGCCUUCAAGAGCUCCCAGAAUCCUCGGGGGAGCUGGCGGCGCUCCAGGAUCGCUCCGUCCGGCUCGCCGCAGGUCGCCGCGGAGCGCGAGCUGGACUCGCUGCUCGGGGGGGCGACCGCCGACGCGAGGAAGGCCUUCCUGACUCCGCCCCCUCAAGUCACAACGCGCGGCUUCCCCCGCCACCGGCAGCCUUCCCCCAACCACGCCACCGCCACCUACCUCAGCGACACCACUUCCUCCGAUCCCUGCGCGCCCGCCAGCAGCCGCAGAGGAGGAGGAGAAGAAGGCGGAGUCUGCGCUGGUUUGAAAGCCAGUCAGGACUCUGGCGAGCGCGUGUCGGUGGUCGUGGAGACGUGCCGCUUGGUGGCGCCACUGAAGGCGUUCAGCGAGGAGGCCGGGCACCGCGGAGAGGAGAAGGAGGAGGAAGAGGAGGAGGCGCAACAAGAAGAGGAGGGUCGGGGGGAGAAGGCGGGGGUUUGGUGCGUGACGGGCGUGUGCGAGUCAGCCGGCGAGGUGGCAUUCGACGCCACCCGCCCGCCGGCACAGCGGGAGCAGCAGGCCUCAUCCGCCCCGGCCAAUCGCACGCCUUCAGAGCCUCAGCCGGCCAAUGACAGGCCGGCGCCUGAACCCAUCAGCAGCCAACCGGUGCCUGCCCCCCGCCCGGGCAACCCGUCGCGUCCUGCCUCCUCCCCAAUGUGGCGUCCGCCACCUCUCAGCGCUUCCUGUCGCACAGAAGCCGCUUCCUCCUCCAGAGGGAAGGCGGAAUCGGUAAAUGCGUCCAAAUCGUCCGCCAGCAACCUCCCGUCCCCCAGAACGCGACCCGCCGGGACGAAGGACGCCGUCGCCCCUGGCAACAAGGGCCCGCCCGUCCGCAUCCUCACCGCCACCGAGACGCAGAGCAUGAGGCGCGUGGUGUCCAUCUCCAGGACCAGCAGACUGACGGAGAAGCCCUCGGGGCGCCAGCCGGCCUUCCCCUCGACCCCCGACCUCAGCGGGAACGCAGCGGCGGGCCGCCCCCCCCAGCGCCGGGCCGACCAGGAGGUCCAGGAGGCCCAGAGGAGGCCGUCCAUCAGAAGGCCCUCAGCGAGGCCCAGACCGCCGCCGGAGGAGAAGAUGUGUCGCUCCACGCUGCGCUCGCUCGCUCAAGGAGGAAGAGGAGCAGGAGGAGGAGGAGGUGGAGGUGGAGGAGGAGGAGGAGGAGGCAGCGUCAGUGCUCCCGUUACCCCUUUGCACAAAGCCAGUACUCCUUCGCCAACGCUGCUUCCUAGCUUCGCCAGAAGCACCGCCUCCUCUUCUUUCAGACGAACCAACGCCACGCUCACUCCUCCUCCUCCUUCACCCCACGCCGGCUCAGGCUCCUCCCCUAAAUCCCCCCCCAAGACCUCCUCCUCCCCCUCCUCCACGCCUUUCGCCCGCGCCGGCUCACUGAGAGUCUCCAACCCCCUCAAACCCUCCUCCUCCUCUUCUUCAGCGCCGAGGAGGUCCAACAGCAUCAGUGCGCCUCCUCGGUCGCCGCUCCACGUCCCGCUGCUGCCCCCUAAAGGCCACCGGCGGAGCGACGGCAGCGACUUCUCCGACAGGUCCUCCCACCCGCGGGACUCAGGCAAGUCCCCCCGGCCGGGCUGGAGAUAGCAGGAGGAGGAGGAGGAGGAGGCUCCCUCCCUACUGGGGGGGGUAAAGGACACAUUCCAAUAUGAAGAACGGACCUUAAGCCGUCCAUGAGGUGGAGGCCCGGGUUCCCAGACUGACCUCUGAGGACACGUGGGCCGGUGAGUUUGUGAUGUGUGACUUCAUUCAGGGUUCAUUCAGACUCGCCAAGGUCACAUGACGACGCAAACCUGCCAACGGACGGAGGAGCAGCACCUCCUGCGUCCUCAGAGGUUCAAUUCAUAUUCAUCGACGGAGUCCGGGGGGGAGGAGAGCGACGGCCUCACAGCGCGAUGCAGAGGUGGAAGGUUACAGGAGUCCCAUCAGGAGCGUCCCUGGAGAGGAUGGAGACGUUCACCUGAGACCGGACGUCUCCACUACUUCAUUAACCCACCGGUUAUUACUUCAUUUGACCUAUUUGCACUCCAACAUAAAUUCUUCCUUUUGUAGCAGCGAGGCGUCGUUCUGUGGGUGAAACUGAGAUGACCACAGUUACUAUUUUUUUAUGUAUAGAUUAAAUUUUCCUUAAAGCUAAAAAGCUGCAAUUAUUUCUAACGAGGUUCCAUCACCUCCGAAUCGCCUCCUGAUUUAAAGAUGGCUUUAUUUUAUGUCCUAAGUUUUGAUUCUGCAGCUUUGAGGAAUGUGCACAUGUGGCCUGAUCGAAAGCGCCUUAUUGUGUUUAAAUAAGAAGAGGAGGAGAAUGUAAAGAAGAAGAGAAGCUUCUUCCAUUCAAACCGUGUUGUUUUGUUUGUGUAUUUAUGUACGUACGAUGUCAAUAUUUGAAAUAUGUAUAAAUAUAUACUACCAAUUAAUUAAACUAUUGAUUCUCCAACACUUUUCUUCUGUUCAAUUAAUAUAAGUAGUUAAUAUUAUUAAUAAUAAAUAUAUUAUUAUUGACAGACUGACAGAAAAUAUGUGAGA